GAGGGAGUUUAGUUGAGUGUGAGAAUGACUGAAAAUGGAAAAACAGAGGGUGGGAGGGAAAAGACGAUAAGACAGAAAAAUAGAGGUGGUGGAAGUGAGUGAGUGAGAGAUGGGCAGGGAGGUAUAAAGAGAGGGAGGGAGUAAUAUAAGAGAGGCAGCCAUAGAGGGAGAGGUGACAGAGUAGAUUAUCCUUCUCUCCUCUCCUCCUCUCUGCCAGCCUCAUCAUGGUCAUGCUGCAGAUGUUGACUGUUAUCUCUCUGACUGUUAUCCUCCUGGCAUCUGUGGAAGGUAAAGGUGUGCAGAUGCAGAGGGAUGUCCAGUGCUGCAUGUUGUACUCCCAGGGCAAGGUGCGUACCAAAGAUGUGUUGCGGUUUGAGGUGCAGACAGAGGGGCCCGACUGCAGUAUACAAGCCAUCAUUCUUUACACAAAGAAGGCGGUGAAAUGUGCAGACCCCAGAGACCGAAAGGUGAAGAGGUUGCUGAGAAAGCUCUUGCAGAGACAGAGAGGCAAGGGCCGAACCAUGUGGCUCCUUCCUCAUGACAACCUGCCCGUCAUGUCAGAGGACAAAAAACGUAACUGGGCAAUUCUCAAUGUGGAGUGAUGAAGCGGAGGAAAACUCAUAGUCAUAAGCCAAGUAAACUCUCAGCAGCUUGUCUUCUUCAAAUGGCGAAGCUUGCUGAUUCUCCAGUUGUCUUGUGUCUCUCUCUGUCUACUCUAUCUGUCUCCCUGGGACCAGACCUGGGCAGCAAUACAUAUUUAAAUGGCUUUAGAUAUUUAAAUAUGAACUGUGCUUGAAAUAUUCCCACACAUGUGGCUGGAACAGCCUCAACAGGAGGAGUAUUUCCUUGUAAGAUAAGUUGAAUUGAUUUUUUUUUUUUUUUUUUUAAAUGGCUCAUACUGUUAUUGCCGGAGUCUGCCUGGAAGUGUCUCCCACUCCAACAACAUAACUACUUGUGGCUGAUGUGAAAUCAGUGAAAAAGUUGUAAUUAAACAAACAAACCGUGAUAUUAAUAUUGUCUAUAAGCAAGAUCAUCUAUGCUUAUUUGUGACUUGUAUACCUUCAGUAACAUGUAAUGACACACUUUAAAGUAUGGGGUUUCGUCAAUAUUAGUUUUGGCGAACUAAUAUUGAUCUGCACCUUGAUUUGUACAAUCCAGGGUUCAGCUGUUUUAAAGUUUAAAACUCCUUGUUCAGGCUUUGACCUUCUGUUUCUGACUGUUAGACAGGUGAAAUCAAAGUGGGAUCAUAGAGAUUUCACCUGGAUUCAACUCUCUGUGUCACAUAAAGAGCAAAUAUUCCUGAUAUUUUGUCCACUUUGUAUAUUGACUGUUUGUAAACUCAGUAUGAAAAAGUUAAUCUUUUAAAAUUAGGCCCUCAGACUUUGAGAAGUGAUUUCAAUAUGUAUUUGCAGCUUACAUUUGUCUUUUUCACCAAUAGUUUGUCACUAAACUAUGCCAAAGUAUUCAUGAUUCAAUUCACCACAUGGCAAGGCUGUUAAAACUUAGAGGGCUCAGUUGUGUGUGAAACACACACGUAUUGUAUUGUAGAAGAAUGCACUGUAUGUUAAAACAGUAUCUCAAGUGAGCUAUUUUAUAAAUUAAUCUGAAAUAAUAA